GUCUGAGUAGCCGACGACAGGACAUUUGGCUCGUGGCACGUUCAGAAGAGUUGAAGGCGCGGACGGGCCUAGAUAUUCCUCUGUGUACGGCUGUGUCAAGAUUUUACAAGAUGAUUUCGAGAAGGGUGAGCCUCUCUGGAGUUGCGUGGAUGUUGGUGUUAUAUGAGGCGGAUGGGGUGCUGGACAAGUUUUGCUAGUAUGGCGUGACAUGACAUCGUUCAAGGUUUCCACUCGGGCAACAUGAAAACCAGGCCCAUUGGCAACUGCAGCAAUGCCGACUGGAUGGGGUCACUCCCCGCGAAACUCACCUCGAUGCCUCUCAAGCAUUUGGCUGUGCCAGGUUCUCAUGACUCAUUCAGUUUCUGGGUUGAUGAGAAGGCUCCAGUUGGACCUGACCAGAAAGCCGUGGUGAAACACCUGGCAGCCGUGUUCCGCCUCUUGGCCAAAAAGGUGAUGAAGAAGUGGUCCAUGACCCAGAACCUCACCUUCAAGGAGCAACUAGACGGCGGAAUCCGCUACUUCGACCUCCGCGUGUCUUCUAAGCCGGGCGAACCAGGCAACGAAAUCUACUUCAUUCACGGGCUCUUCGGCCAUAAGGUGCGAGACGGCCUCAACGACAUCAACAACUUUUUGAACGCUCACAAGAAAGAGGUGGUCUUCCUGGACUUCAACCAUCACUAUGCCAUGGACGAGCAGCACCACCGCUACCUCAUACGGAUGCUGCAGGACGUGUUCGGCUCCAAACUCUGCAAGCCCUGCGUGGUGGAGGACAUCUCCCUUAGCUACCUGUGGGAGCAGAAGUACCAGGUUCUGGUGUUCUACCACCACCCUAGCGGCUCCGGGGCUCCGCACGUGUGGCCUGGCAACAAGAUCCCGGCGCCGUGGGCCAACACCACGGACACGUCCAAGCUCAUCUCCUUCCUGGAGACCACGCUGGGGGAGCGGGCCAAGCAGGGCGCCUUCCACGUCACCCAGGCCAUCCUCACGCCACAGGUGCCCACCAUCGUCAAGGGCCUCAUCAAGGGGCUGCGCAACCACCUGGUGGAAAGGAAUCUGCCCACCAUAUUGACGUGGGUGGAGACUCAGAAGCCAGGUGUGGAUGGAGUGAACAUCAUCACCUCUGACUUUGUGGAGUUGACAGACUUUGCCAGCACUGUGAUCAAGCUCAACAACCACCUGCUUGACGAGAAGUCCGCUAGGUGACCUUCACAGCCUGGUAUCUCAGGGAAGGUGCAUACCGUGCUGUGAUGGGACCCCACCUUCUCAGCUGCUCAAUGACUAAUCUUCCAGAUUACUUAUGCAGCCAGGAACCCAGAUGAGUGCUCCGUCCAGGUGAUAUCUGGAUUCAGGUGACAUACGGUAUGCAGCCAGGUACCUUCUGCAGUCAAGUGAUCUCUGCAUCAGGUAUCUGUCAGAUCAGGUUCCUGCUAUGAUGGGAGCCUCUGCUCUACGACAGAUCUUCAAGGUGAACUACUGAAGCCAAGUCUCUGCUGCAUUGAGGUACCUCUCAGGCCAGGUAUGAGGAACAUGCUUUGAUGGGACCCCAACCUCUUACAGGUCUUACACUCAGACUUUGUCAGUACUGAGAUCAAGCUUAACGGCCACUUGUGCAGCCAGGUACCCUCUGUAAAGGGACCCCAGCCAGUACCAUGAUCAAGAUUGGCCAGGACCGUGACUGCUAACUUGACGAUAAAUCCGGUAGUUGACCUUGUCACCCACAGACUCAACUGACCUCUCUAUGCAGAUGAUCUCUAGAUUCAGGCAACCUGUGCAUCCAGGGACCUGCAGUGAUGGAACCCCCAGCCAUGGUCUCGCAUGACCAAGGAUUAGCGGCAUUUAGUCUCCAUGUUUAAGAUUGUUAGCCAAUCUCCAGAGGUGUGGGCGGAGUGAGCAACAUCACCUCAUUCUCUGUGGAGCUGGAGGACUGUGUCAGGUGAUCACUGCAGCCAGUUACCUGCUGUGACCUAGCCCCCACCCCCUUUAUCCAGACCCCUUCUGGCCGUCACAUGACCAUGGAUCAUCCACGUUUUAUCGCAAGGCAAAGACUGACUGUAAGCUAAUCAUCAGACUGAUGUGUCGGUGGAGUGAGCAACACCAUCUCUGGCUUUGUGGAGAUGGUCUGGGCUGUGUCAGGUCACAACAUACGUACGCACCAGUUACCUGCUCUGAUCCCUUACUGGGGUGUGGGUGGGGGUGUCACAUGACCAUGGAUCCCUUAUUAAGGCACAAAGCUAAGACUGACUCUGACGUGUGGGCAAAGUGAACAUCCUCCCCUCAAACUUUAUGAAUCAGUUGAACUUCAAAUCCAAAUUCAUCAGUGGACUUCUGUAGCUACCUGACCUCUGCUGUUCAGCCAGAUAUCUGCUGUGGCAGUAAGGCCCCACUCCCUUACCCACGACCCCCUAAUGACUAAGGAUCAUCCACUGACUAUCAGCCAAUUGUUAGUGGAUGGUAUGGCUAGACUGAUCCUAAACAGACUGUGAUGUGGUGGACUGGACACCAUAUAGGGAGAAUGAUGCCCAGCUCCUUCCAUAAUGGUGACCAUGGUGGACUUGAUAACAACAUAGGGCCCUGCGUGUUGCCCUUUCACUGUGACUGAUGAGGCAUUGGAGCCCAGAAAUGUAAUGAGGUAUUGUAUUAUGGGAUGGUAUUAUUGGAAGCAGGAGCUUGACGGGCAUCAGGCUGUUCCCAGUGACUCUUGCACCUAAAUGCUCAAUUGCAUAAUGUGGCUGUUAUAAACAAACAGACUUUUUUUUCUCCUGAACUUUCAUGUGUAUGUUUGGCAUGUGUGAAAUGACCCCGACAAGCACACGCUGCAGUGGUGAGUUUUACUCCUACUGUUUUAGUGUUCAGUGUGUAAUUUUAGUCAGCCUAGUUUACUUCCAAAAUGUGUGCUGCCCAUUCUCUAAUUUUAUUAUAUGAAUAUGAAGUAAAUUAUAUUUCCUAGUCUGACCAGAGUAGGAUUUACAAGAUGUCAAUGACUUAUUAUUGGUGGACUACAUGGAGAGGUUCUUCCUAUUCAUGUAUGUAAAGUGUAAAUGUCUAAGGGACAUAAUGGAUACUUACAAAUCGAUUUUGGUAGUGAAUAUUCAUGACAAAAAUGACAUUUGAGAAUGAGCGGCAUCAAUUCUGGAAAUAAACUACUGCACAAAUUACACAUUGGACAUUUUAGAUUGUAACCUGUAUCGUCUCAAGACUCACUACACCUGGACUGCUGGGAAUGUUUGCGGUUUCAUAGUGAUUUUAUAAUUUCAUACCCUCUGACAAUGACCAUACAAUUGCCAGCAAAACAAAGUUUUGCAAAGUUG